GCAUCUCGAUGAAUGUCAUUUUUCAGAUUCUUGAUCUAUCAAAAAAUCUCUUCUCUAUUAAAAAAAAGGUUAAAGUCCCGUGCGGUGAAUUCGUCGUUUCUUUAAUUUUUUAAUUUCUUUCGCGAUUGUUUCAUCAAUAUUUGCAUUUAUUCACCAUCUCUUUGAUUCGUGAAAGAAAACAUGGCACAAAGUAAAUUAAAUGAUUUAGCUGGUAAAUUGGGUAAAGGAGGACCUCCUGGAUUAACUACAGGCUUGAAGGUCAUUGCUGCCUUAGGAGCUGCUGCCUAUGGAGUCUCCCAAUCGCUAUACACAGUUGAUGGUGGUCAUCGGGCUAUCAUCUUCAGCCGCUUGGGUGGCAUCCAAAGCGAUAUCUACUCCGAGGGUUUGCAUUUCCGAAUUCCAUGGUUCCAAUACCCAAUCAUCUAUGACAUCCGCUCCAGGCCCAGGAAGAUUUCAUCACCCACGGGAUCCAAGGACUUGCAGAUGAUCAACAUCUCCCUGCGUGUGUUGUCGCGCCCAGACUCCCUCCGUCUGCCAAUCAUGCAUCGCCAAUUGGGUUUGGACUACGACGAGAAAGUCCUGCCAUCGAUUUGCAAUGAAGUCCUCAAGAGUGUCGUUGCCAAGUUCAAUGCUUCCCAAUUGAUUACACAACGUGCUCAGGUUUCCCUGUUGAUUCGCAAGGAACUAGUUGAACGUGCCCGUGACUUCAACAUCAUCCUGGACGAUGUCUCCCUCACCGAAUUGAGCUUCGGCAAGGAAUACACAGCCGCCGUGGAAGCCAAACAAGUCGCCCAACAGGAAGCCCAACGAGCUGUGUUCUUCGUCGAACGUGCCAAGCAAGAGAAACAACAGAAGAUCGUUCAGGCCGAGGGAGAAGCCGAAGCCGCUAAGAUGUUGGGUCUUGCUGUCAAACAGAAUCCAGCCUAUUUGAAAUUGAGGAAAAUCCGUGGUGCUCAAAGCAUAGCUAGAACCAUUGCCGGCUCACAAAACAAGGUCUACCUCUCAGCCAGCAGUCUUAUGCUCGACAUUCAAGAUCCAGGCUUCGAUGACAUGACUGAAAAAGUUUACAAAAGUAAAUAGAUUUCUACAACUCUAAUCUUAUCCUUUAUUUUUCCAUCUAAAGCUUUCCAUUGCUUCUUCGCGAAUCAAUAAAUAAAAACAUAACAUAACUUUUUAGUGAGAAACUCAUUUUAAAGUAAUAUUGUUUUUAUAUUCUUCUCAUUUUUUUUUCUCUUCCCGUUUUGUGACUUUUUGGAAUUUAGCCAUCGAACUGGAUUAAAUAUUAAAGACAUUGAAAUUUGGAAAGCUUUAACUUAAAGAAGAAUUCAAAAAAAGAAAAUUCACAAGAAAAUAUGUUAAAUUUAGUUUUUAAGCAAACAAAACAAAACAACACCCAAAGGGACAUUUGCUUUCCUUUUAAAAAACAAACAAAAAACCAAAAUUGUUUCUUAUUUUUUAUUCAUAUUAUUAAUACAAAAGCCGUUAUUUUGGUUGCAUUUUAUUGUAUUGUAUUUGAAUUUAUUUUGUUUAGUUUUUCACGAAUUGUAUGUGGAAUGCAUCAUACCUUUUAUCCUGCGAGCAUUAGUUUUAGUUUUUACUAUGUAAAAUUUAUGUUUUGUUGUUUUUCUUUUUAAAUUGGAAAAUAUCUCCACUCUUUUAAGAGAUUUUGGGAUGUCUAUAAGUUUUAAACAAAAGCUUGCAUUUUUACUUAUUUCGCGCGGUUUAGCAUGAGACAUCCAUGACUUCUCGAAGAGGAGGAGAAUUUUCCUUAAAAAGAGAAACAAAAAUAACGCAGCAUUUCAAUUUUGUGAAAAACGAUUUUUUCAUUUUAUUUUAAAUAAAACGGCAAUAAAUAAUGAAAAGAAAUUAAA